AGCGCUUCGCAAAACUUGACAUUCUUAUCUACGCAGCAUAAGUUAUGCUAUCUGUGCAUACGCACCUCCUACAUGAUUACCGUGUUUGAUUACAGGCAAAAAGAGUAAUUACAAGGGAAAACAUCUAUCCUGUCAGUAUUAUUUUUAAAUCGAGAUAUCGCAGCUCUCGAUUUUAAAAGUGGCCUUGUCUGCAGAACCAUGGAGGCUCCCUUAUUCUUUGCGUCAGCGUUAAUAAUAUCGUUGUCAAGUGUGGCUUUCGGACAGUAUGAUCCUCAUCUCGCCAGUGGCCGCUCGGUCUAUGUCCAUUUGUUCGAAUGGAAAUGGACCGAUAUAGCAGCAGAAUGCGAACGGUUUUUGGGGCCGAAGGGUUUUGGAGGAAUUCAAGUAAGUCCGCCUAAUGAACACCGAACAAUUACCGAGCCAUUCCGUCCAUGGUAUGAACGGUAUCAACCUGUCAGCUACAAGCUGCAAUCCCGAUCUGGAAAUGAAGUCCAGUUCGCCGACAUGGUCAAACGCUGCAAUAACGCCGGUGUUCGGAUAUACGUGGAUGCGGUGAUUAAUCACAUGGCCGGAGGAAGUGGAACGGGAGUUGCGGGAAGUUCGUAUAAUGCUGGCUCACAACAGUAUCCCGGCGUGCCGUAUGCACAGGAUGACUUCACGGGAAGAUCCGAAUGUUCUUCCGGGAACGGGGAUAUCAAUAAUUAUCAAAACGCAAAUGAAGUUCGUAAUUGUCGAUUACUCGGUAUGCCUGAUCUGGGAAUCUACAAAGCCUCUACCAAAAGCAAGCUGCAAGGGUAUUUGAACAACUUGAUCAGGAUUGGAGUCGCUGGAUUUCGUGUGGACGCUUCCAAACACAUGUGGCCAGCACAUCUAGAGGCUCUUUUUGGUGGACUGAACAAUCUGAACACUACAUACUUUCCUGCCGGAAGUCGACCGUAUGUAUUCCAUGAAGUUAUUGAUCUUGGUGGUGAACCAAUUACGGGACGAGAGUAUUUGGGAUCGGGUCGUGUGACGGAGUUCAAAUAUGGCAAAUACCUCAGCGACGGCAUUCGUAAAGAAAAUGGCCAGAUGUUGAAAUACUACCGCAAUUUCGGUGAAGAAUGGGGCUUCCUACCGGGCAUGCAAGCGGUGACCUUUAUCGAUAACCACGACAAUCAGAGAGGGCAUGGAGCAGGGGGAAGUAUUUUGAACUUCCGGCAACCUCGGGCUUAUAAGCUGGCUAACGCUUUCAUGUUGGCGCAUCCGUAUGGUUUUCCUCAAGUCAUGAGUAGCUAUGACUGGCCGCAAAACAUUCAAAACGGAAAAGAUCAAAACGAUUGGAUUGGGCCACCAAGCGAUUCGUCUGGGAAUACCAAUACCGUCCCGCUCGCUGCCAACGGAGCCUGUGAUGGCGGCUGGAAAUGUGAACAUCGAUGGAGACAAAUCACAAACAUGGUUGGCUUCCGAAACGCAGCGGGUAGCAGUGGAUUAGUGCACUGGUACGACAACUCUGCCAACCAAAUCGCUUUCGGCCGUGGAACAGAAGGCAACACUAAGGCCUUUAUUGCAAUCAACAAUGACGGUUAUCAUUUCGGCCGCGAUUUGAUGACGGGAUUACCGCCUGGAACGUACUGCGAUGUGAUUUCCGGCAAUCUGGAAAACGGCAGAUGUUCCGGCAAGUCCAUUGUAGUUGGUCCCACGCGAUCGGCUCGCUUUGAAAUCAGCAAUCGAGACGAAGAUCCCAUGAUCGCUAUCCAUAUAAAUGCGAAGCUGAAUUAGCGUGCCGGUAACUCAACGAGUCUGCAUCACUCAACGUGAAGCGCGGUUCCUUAGUAUGUCAUGAUUUUUGUUACGAUUUUUAUGAAGUUCACUGCCAGCGCUUUGUGAGUUUUACAUUUUUUGUAUCGUGAUGCCAGAGCAGCCUUUCUGAGUACAUGAGGUUUUGGUUAGGGAUGAAAAAUCGGCUGCAAUAAAAAAAACAUUUGG